GCAUCCUUCAUCUUCUAAAGAAAAGGACACUGUAAUAGAAAACCUAGUAGGAAGAAGGUUUUGUUUGUCUGCUGGAGUGCUACUAAUUCAAUUGCCAAAGCUGAUGAGCUAAAUUGUCAUAUUGGACUGUGUUCUAUAUUAUCUUUGUUAAGCAUGGAUGCUGAAAAAAAUCAGAAGAAUGAUGAAGGUUACAAGAAUGUACCAAGUGAAUCAGUGCACGAAGCAACUGAAAAUGUUUUUCCUGAAAUGGUUCACAGUGAUCCUUUCUCUAACUGCCAAAUAAACAGAUUUUCAACUGAAGGUCAGAAAAAUCCUGAGAAAAAAGCUGAAGAGAAUGGCACAUCCAAAAGACUGUUUGCAUCUGCAGAUCAAGACUUUAUUGAAGUGCAUAUACUGGAAAAUGAACCUGUUUCAAAACGAUUAAAGCUGACUGUUGUAGAACACGUCAAAGAGAAUGAAAGCAAAGAACUUAGUAUCCCAGCAAGUGAAGAUUCUGUAGAUGGGAGUAGCUGUACUAUAGAUGAAGCCAUAGAAGGAACAGAAAGAUGUCCCUGUAAUGUUGGGUUUGUUCCAAAAGUUUCAUGUGUGCCUGAUGGUGACACUCUACAGGAAUUACAUCUAGAAAGGGGUCAUUCCCAAGAUGAUGAAACAGUUCUUCCUGUGUCUAAAUCUUUUCCCCAAGCUGAUGAAACAAGUGUUAGCUGUACAACUGGUAGCACUGUAAAUAUUUCUAAGUGCAAAACCUGUGAAAGAGUUUUUCCCACUUAUACUGAUUUAGAAAAGCACAUUCAAGAGACCCAUAUGAAGCAACCCAAAGAACAUGUCAGCCCACAGAAGGUUUGUAAAUCAGAACACAUUCCAUCUUUAAAAAUGCACAUCAAGCAGGCUCACGGGCAACUUAAAUUAUAUUUUUGUGAUCUCUGUGGUUUUCAGACUGCUGAAGAAGAUCUCUUGCGAGGUCAUUUUCUUGGCAAGACCCACCUCCGAAGACAAAACCUUGCUGCCAGGGGAGGAUUUGUAAAGAUACUUACGAAAAAAUCUUUUCAUAAAAAACAGCAGAACCCAUGUCAAGGAAAGAAUGCAAGAGUAAAAUCUACAGUGAAUAAGCCUAAAAUAAGUAAUUCUUACUCAAAUCAGUUAAGAACUUCAAAUAACAAGGCAAAAAACUUGAAAACAAGCAGCCAAUUAUUUGUUGAAAUGAUACCAUCUAAAGAUUUUUCCAGAGAGAGUGUUAACAGUGAGGAAGUGUUUUUCUGCAAUGCAGAUGGAAAUGAUGAUGUCCAGGCUCAACAGAAUAUUUCAGGGUCCUCAGGUCCAGGUGCUUUGGAGUCUGUUAAAGGUAAUCAAAAGACUCUUAGCAAUUUAAGCACCACAGAGGUAUUUGAUAGAUUCCAACAAAAAAGAAAUACCUUAGCACGAAGAAUAACUUUCAAACAAAGUGGUUCGUUCAGACUAAACCAGCAGAUUAAAAGACGGUAUCAUUUGCUGGGCAUUGGUAAAAGAAGCAAGCCUGAUUCUAUUUUGAAGCACAGCACUGUGGAAGAGUACCAUCAGGAUGAUUUGUCACAGGUCUCCUUAAAAGGGUUAGAAAUGGAAGGUGAUGUUAACCCUCCAAGCAGAACAGCCUCAGACAAACAGGAGCUUAAUCCAGAUGGAACAGAUGCUUGCUGUCUUGCCAUGAAAUUUGACAAUUCUUCAAAAAAGUCUCCAGACAUCCAGAAACCUCUGCAUCCUUGUAAUCCCUGUGGAUGUAGCGUGCGGAGCAUCAAAGGCUGGGCAUUAGUUGUUGAUCAAGAACAUGGGAAAGAACUGAAAUUUCACUGUCUAACAUGUGGCUCUUACACUUGUAGAGAGGACUUUGAAGAGUACUGUCAAAAGAACAGCCAGCAUAUGGGUGGUUUCAAGAUGAAUUGUUGUCAUUGUUCAUUCCUUGCCUCAAAUUAUAUAAACCUUGGGAAACACAUGCAUGAUGAGCAUGGCAUGUCCCAUUAUUGUGGCACCUGUCACCUGUAUUUUCUAACCGAAGAUGAAAUGGCAGCUCAUAAUGCAGAUGAGCAGCAUAUUAGUUUAUUAUCUCAAGAAAAUAUUUUUCAGCCACCUAGCAGUGAAGUGGCUGUGCAGACAGCAUCCUGCACUAUGAUGGAAUCAGGUGGUAUUCCAAAGGUAGAUUGUGAUGAAGUGAAAAUACAGCAAGAAACUCCCAGGUUUUCCCUUGUACAUACUGAGUUCAAGGAAUCUAUCCUGAGCAGAACCCAGUUUCAGUGUAAAAAAUGCUUUUAUAAAACCAGAUCAUCUUCUGUUCUUACAAGACACAUAAAACUUCGACAUGCUCAGGAAUAUCAUUUCCUCUGUAAAGCAUGCAAUCUGUAUUCAUUAAGUAAAGAAGGAAUGGAAAAACACAUCAAGAGAAGUAAACACCUUGAAAAUGCGAGAAAGAAUAAUAUUGGUUUACGCUUUGAAGAAUGUAUUGACAGGGUGUGCUUAGGUGCGAGUGAUGGUAAAAAACUAACAGAGCCGCCAGUUUAUGGUAAUUUAAAGGAUGGAUCUGAAAAUGAAAGUAUGCAUGGUCCAUUCUGCACCUCAGAGAAUGUAUCAAUAAAUAAGGAGUUGUUUCCAUCAGGUGAACCCAUUAAAGGCCGUCAGUUGAUUCUGGAUAGUGCACCAAAAAGAGGGAGACCUAAAGGCAAUAUUUCUAGGACAUGCCCGCAUUGUGGUUUAUUGGCUUCCAGUGUCACAAAUUUGACUGUUCACAUUCGGCGAAAGCAUAGCCAUCAAUACAGCUAUUUGUGUAAAGUCUGCAAUUAUUAUACCGUAACUAAAGGUGACAUGGAACGCCAUUGUGCUACUAAGAAGCAUAAGGGUCGUUUAGAAGCCAAUGGAAAACAAAAUGUAGAGAUCAUUGUAUGCCCAGAAGGAGGCAGUGUUGAAGUGAGUAGCAAGAAGGUAGCAAGUCCUGCGAGUGUUUUGAAUGAACCUGUUGACCAUCACAAUCAGUCUUCAAAUGUGGAUGUUUCUGUUUUGGGAAGCCAGGAAGAUGAUCAGAUCAGUUCCAUUCAAAUGCAGGCUGAAAAUGUACUUCAGCUUAAUGAACAGCAUAGAAAUCAGGGCUCUGCAGAAAUAAAGCAACAAACAGAACUAGGUAGUUCUGGUCAAGAUGGAGACUCGUUGACUCAAACAAGGACUGCAAAUACAAAUGAUAAUCAUUGUGAUUAUUGUAAUUUUGUUGCACAUUCUUUUUCUUCUCUCGAAGUUCAUGUAAAACGCAAGCACACUAAAGAAUUUGAAUACUACUGUAUGGCUUGCGACUAUUAUGCAGUUACUCACCGAGAGAUGAUCAGGCAUGCAGCAACAGAGAAGCACAAAAUCAAAAGACAAUCUUAUUCUUGCACUACUGGAGAGGAGACAGAUACAACUGACAUUGCCAAUGAAAAAGCUGUAACAUCUCAAGAAGAACAUCAGCCCAUGGAAGAUUUUCAAACUGCAUUGAGUGAAACAAAAUACAAAAACAAUAUUGCAGAGAAAAACUUUGGAGAGCAGGAGACUCUGAAAGUGGAGAAGUUGCCUAAUUCUGCUACAGAAGAUAGUGCUGCUUCAAAGGGUUUUAAAGAAGACCAUGUAUUUGAUGCUGUAAAUGUUGAUCUUGAAAGUGGAGCUGACCAAGGCAAAGAAAAUGUAGAUGCUGUGUGUUUCCAAAAAACUGUUGAAAAAGGUGUAGUAGUAAAGCAUGAUGAAAUGAUUGUAUUUAAACAAGCCAUUGGUAAUGUUUUGCAGGAAAAUAUAGAUGGUCAAGCAACAGUGAAUACAAAUUUUGAUUUUACAAUGGGAUCUAGAAAUAAAAGCUUGACUUUUGGCAAAGAAUCUUUGAACUUGAACUUCACAAACAGUAGGAACAAGCUGGACGAACACACUCAAAAAGAAUUUAGAAGCUCUGUAGUAGCUGCUGAGGAAGUCAAGGCAGAAGCACAUUUGACUGUACUUUCAGAAAAAUGCAGUACAGUAGAAGAGCAAAGUAUGGAUGAAACUGCUGAAAAAGCCAUGCAAAAUAUGUGUAUCAUACAAGGAGAAAAAAGCUUUCAGGAGGGUUCAGCUAUAGAGGAAGAGCACUCAGUGAUAGAUGCACAACAUGAAGCAGAAGUGUCUGUUCACACAGCUUGGGGUACUGAUGGCUCCACUGUCAAAGGUGUUCAAGAGAGUAGCAAUGAGGCUGUGAGCAACUUUGCUAAUACUUAUCACAGAGUGAAGGAGGACAUAGCAGUACAAAGCGGUGAUCAGUUUGAUUCUUCUAUAGUAAAACUAAAAAAUCAUGAAGAAGGUAGUGAACCAGUGGAUCAUUUUGUGGAGGGACAGAAUCUAAGUGGACUGAAAGUCUGUGAUUUAGCCAUGAAAGUAGAGGCCUCACAAAGUGGUGGAAAAAAGAAAAAAGCUGAAGGAAAUCCCCUCAAGGAACCUACUCGUAUUCGCUGUGAUGACUGUGGUUUUUUAGCAGACGGUUUGAGUGGACUAAAUGUUCACAUAACCAUGAAGCAUCCUUCAAAAGAGAAACAUUUCCACUGUUUACUGUGUGGAAAAUCAUUUUAUACAGAAAGCAACCUUCACCAACACCUGGCUAGCGCUGGCCACAUGAGAAAUGAAGAAGCCAGUGUUGAGGAGCUGCCAGAGGGUGGCACAACCUUUAAAUGUGUUAAAUGUACAGAGCCAUUUGACUCGGAACAAAAUCUUUUUCUUCAUAUUAAAGAGCAACAUGAAGAACUGCUCCGGGAAGUCAAUAAAUACAUUGUUGAAGACACUGAACAAAUCAACCGGGAGCGAGAAGAAAAUAAAGGCAAUAUUUGCAAAUAUUGUGGGAAGAUAUGCCGAAGCAGUCAUUCCAUGGCAUUCCUAGCUCAUAUCCGCACGCAUACAGGAUCAAAGCCAUUCAAGUGCAAGAUUUGCCACUUUGCAACAGCUCAGCUAGGAGAUGCCAGAAACCAUGUCAAGAGGCACCUUGGGAUGAGGGAAUACAAGUGUCAUGUCUGUGGGGUGGCAUUUGUAAUGAAAAAGCACUUAAAUACUCAUUUAUUGGGAAAACAUGGAGUUGGGACACCAAAAGAAAGGAAAUUUACAUGCCACUUGUGUGACAGAAGUUUUACAGAGAACUGGGCACUGAACAAUCAUAUGAAGCUUCACACAGGAGAAAAACCAUAUAAGUGUACAUGGCCUACAUGCCAUUAUUCUUUUCUCACAGCAUCAGCCAUGAAAGACCACUACAGGACUCAUACAGGCGAGAAGUCAUUCCUAUGUGACCUUUGUGGCUUUGCUGGCGGGACACGUCAUGCCCUCACCAAACAUCGGAGGCAACACACAGGAGAGAAGCCAUUCAAAUGUGAUGAGUGUAACUUUGCUUCUACAACCCAGUCUCAUCUGACACGGCACAAACGCGUCCAUACUGGAGAAAAACCCUACAGAUGCCCUUGGUGCGACUACAGGUCUAAUUGUGCUGAAAAUAUCCGCAAGCAUAUCCUACACACAGGCAAACAUGAAGGAGUGAAGAUGUAUAACUGCCCCAAGUGUGAAUAUGGUACCAAUAUCCCAGUGGAAUUUCGCAAUCACCUGAAAGAGCUGCAUCCCGAUAUUGAAAACCCUGACCUAGCUUACCUGCAUGCUGGCAUAGUUUCUAAAUCCUACGAAUGUCGGCUGAAGGGUCAAGGAGCUACAUUUGUAGAAACCACCAGCCCUUUUACCACAGUAGCCCUGGGAGAAAUUUCUCCAAUUAAAGAGAAGGUUCUUCAGAGUGAUGGAAGACAGCUACCAUCCACAGAACAAGUUCAACAAGUGAUUAUUAUUCAAGGCUAUGAUAGUGAUUUUUCAAUUGAUGCCUCAGUUGAGGAAACAGCAGCAGCUACACUUCAGACAUUGGCCAUGGCUGGCCAAGUGGCAAGGGUUGUCCAUAUUACUGAGGAUGGACAAGUUAUAACCACAAGUCAAAAUGGCUCUCAUGUGAGCAAUAUGAUUCCAGGACAAAUACUCACUGAACAAUUGCCAGAUGGAAAAACACAGGUGGUGGUGGUUGAAGGCCCUUUAGGAGGGACUGAUAUUGGAGAUGCUGUUUCCAUAGAAACAGGGUCAGACUCCAGUAAUGCUAUGGUACAGCAGAUAAUGAGACAAGAUAUUUUAGAUCCAUCAGAGGUUGCAAGACUACACCCACCAGAGUCUGCCUCAGCCUUAGAUGCCUUGCUUUGUGCUGUAACAGAGCUGGGUGAAGCAGAGAACAAAGCAGAACUCCUGGACAGAACACAGCUUGAUCACAAAGAUGCAUUGCAGAUUUCAAAUCCAGAAGCACACAUUGUUUCUAAUGGCAGUAUAGUUCAGGAAACACAGAUGUUCCAUGACAUUCAAGAGACUGAUGAAGAGAGAGAACCUAUGGAAGUAGUAACGCAGGUUGUGCACCCAUCUACCAUAAUUGCAUCUCAAGAGAGAGCACAGGUCACCUUCAAAAAAAUGGUUGAACGAGUGUUACAGUUUGCUGUAUGUGAUACAGCUGCAGCAGACCAACUGAUGAAGGAAGGUGUCACUCAGGUUAUUUUGAAUGAGGAAGGGACUGUGCAUAUGGUGGCUAGAGAAGGUUCUCAGAUAAUAAUGCAAGAAGCUGGCAGCCAUACCCUGAGUGUCCAGAGUGAACAUAUGGACUUGAUUGGGCCCGAUGGAGAAAUUUCACAAAUCAUCGUCACAGAGGAAAUAGCUCAAGCCAUGGUUAGGGAUUCUAACACCAGCUUCUCUGAAGGUACAACCCAUUACAUUGUAACAGGAUUACCACAGCAGUUAGAGGAUGAGUCUGGAGUAUAUUCACAUACUGUGAUAGAAGCAGAUGAGCCUCAAGAAAUGUUGCAAGCUGGCACGCUUGAAAACUCUAAUAGUAUAUCUUCUGAUGGAAAUGGUGAACACCUUACUAGUAUGGUCAUUUAUACAGAAGAGGGUUCACAAACAGCUGCUGUCCAGGACCAAAGAAAUAUUAAUGAAUUACAGGAAGUAUGAAAGAAUCGGAGUUCAUACAGCUUUGGCAGGGGAUAAAAUGGGAAACUUGGAAACAUUAUAUUUAAUUUGUCAGCAUUCUUGAGUGAUAUUCUUCUAUCCAGAUAUUCAUUAUGUUCUGUCUGAAGUUAAUGUCAGUAGGGAAUGCUCUACAGAAAGGAAAUUCUUUUUGUCUUGAAACAAGACAUGGUUAGAAAUUGUCAAGAAAUUACAAAAAUUAAAAGAAUAACAAAAUAAAUCAAAAGGUGCCGCAACCAAAGGUAAAAAUUAAUUCCAUGAAUCAGCAUUUCACUGCAUUAUGACCUCCUAACUUUAACUUUUGUUGUUGUUUUUUCAAUUAAUUAUGCUACUCACUUUGCAAAACUGAGAGCAAAUUAAAAAUAAAUGCACUCACAUUACCUAGCUGAAGUAUGUAUUAACAGUUGGUAGUUAAAAGUUGUCUUCUGUAUGUACAAUAAUUUCCCAUUCAAAAAGUCAACUAGUCAUUCCAAGUUCUUACAACCUAGAUUUCCAUACUCAAAAUCUGAUGUUGCUGAUAUCAUUUCAUGAUAUAUGUUUGUGCUACUCUUUUUUAAAAAAGCUUUUCUUGCCAUUUUUCCCCAUUGUAUUUAACAAGCAGAAUUCUUUAUUACCAACACAACUCAAUGUGAAAAUGAAAAUAUUCACCAAAAAAAACCCUGUCUUGAUUCAGCAAAGUCUUUGUGCCCAUAAAUUCAAUUUAAUUUUAUGCCAGUGGCUUUUUCAUUUGAAAUGUUCAUUUGAUGAUUUUACUUUUUUUUUUUUUACCAAUAGUGCUUUACUAUUUUGCAGUUCAUUUUGUGAAUGGCUUUUUGAAACAUUAGAGGAUUGCAGAGUUUUCUUUUUUCUUUCUUUUUUUUACAUUAAAAGUCUGACAUGGACUUUAACAAAUGGAAGAAGUUGAUCUUGAGUUCUUGCUAGAUCAGAAUAUCAAUUAUCUAAUGGUGGGUAAGUGAUGAUUGUUCAAUAUAAGAUGUGUUUUGGAUUCCAAUACUUAUGUUCCUCAAAAAAAAUUGUAAAGAGUUUUUUGUUCUUUCCAAUAAAAAGGUAGCAUUAAAAGAA